GACGGAAAAUACCCCCGGGCCAGAGUGAGGGGACAGGCGCCUCCCCGGCCCGAGGCAGACCCGGCCCCGGACGGGAGCGCGCCCGGAGCCUGUGGGGGGUGCCCUCCAACGGGAGAGUCCCGCGCGGCUGUCCGCACGCUCCUAGCGCGGGCCAGACUGGCCAAGUGCUCCCUCGCCCUCGCUUCCCUGGGAGAGGCCGGCCGACGGGGCCUGAGGCGGCGGGGGAUUGGCCGGCCGACGGGGCCUGAGGCGGCGGCGCUGAGGGAGAGGCCGGCCGACCGGAGCCGGGGCGCCGGGAGCUCUGGCGCGCGCGGACGCGGCGGCGGCGGAAGUGCCCGGGCCCGGCUUCCGGCGCGAUGGCGGCGCUCGCGCGGCAGGCGUGCGGCUGGCCCCGCCUGCUGGCGCGGCCCUGGGCCUGCGGUGCCAGGCUCGCGCCCGGAGAGCGGAGAAGGACCACUGCUGCUUCCUCUCGGCGGCCGCGUCUGGAGCCGCCCCGCGACGAGCCCCGAGUGCAGGCGCAGGAGUCGCAGGGCGGCCUGGAGUUUAGUCAGCACCGCCUGGAGGAGCAGGGCGCCUCUGCGGGCCCAGCGUCCCCGGGGCUGGGACUGUUCUCCCGGGCCCUGCUGGACAUGGGCUUCAGCGAGGACCACGCCAAGGAGCUGCUCGGGCUCCGGCCAGGCAGCCACCCCCGACAGCUGCUGGACAUCGUGUCAGAACUAAUUCUCCUGGGCGUGAACCCCGAGCCGGUGUUCGUGGCUCUGAAGACCAACCCGCAGCUCCUGAAGCUGCCCGUGGCGCAGGUGCGGAAGCGCUGCGGUCACCUGCGCAAGCUUGGGCUCGGAGAAGGGAAAAUGAAGAGGGUGCUUCUCUGUUGCCCCGACAUUCUCACCAUGCACCAGCGGGACCUUGAGGCCAUCCUCGAGGUUCUCAAGGAUAAGUGCCUUUUCACCGUGCAGCAAGUGACGGAGAUCUUGCACAGGUGCCCCUAUGUGCUUCGGGAGGAUCCUGAUGAGCUGGAAUACAAAUUCCAGUAUGCCUAUUUUAGGAUGGGGGUGGCUCACGCGGACAUCGUGACAUCUGGCUUCCUGCAGUACUCCAUAACCAAGAUUAAGCAGAGACACGUGUUCCUCGAACGCCUGGGACGGUACCAAACCCCCGACAAGAAGGGGCAGACACAGGUCCCAAACCCUUUACUAAAGGACAUUCUCAGAGUUUCAGAAGCAGAAUUUCUAGCCAGGACAGCCUGUUCUUCAGCUGAGGAGUUUGAUGUUUUUAAGAAGCUCUUGGCUCGGGAAGAGGAGGAGCCUGAGGGCCGGAUGCCCAAGGACAGAAGUGACAGUUUGGACGAGGAUGAGGAGGAAGAGGAGGAAUGACAGUGAUGGAAGGUCCGGAAUAAAGAGAGCCUGGAGCUAUCAAAGAAUAUUUUCAUUUUCUCAAAGUUUGCAGGAACUUUUUUUGGUGCCUCAGGUUGUUUUUCAUUCUGAACAAGUAUUUUCGUCAGCAGAUGAUGAUGGAUGUGGGAGGUGGUUGGGUGAACUGAAGUAGGAGAUGCUUUGGUAUGUUCCAUUUUCAGCUCUGUGUGUGGCUGUAUUCCGUUCAAUAAAAGACUGAUUUAGAGCUGUUACAAUCGGAGGACUCGACCUAG